CUUUGACAUCACCGCAACAGAGCCUCAGAGGGGCAACGAAUAAAUUUAUCAAAACGUCAAGAAGUGUUGGUACUUUUUCGCUCUCCCACCAAUAGCGGGGAGUAGCAGUGACAAAAAAAAAAUACAGAAUUUUUCAAAACUGCACAGAUGCAUGUCCGGAAAGUUGCAGUAAUAUUCAUUUAUCUGGUCGCCGCAAUUGUCUCACUCGUGUUCGCUGACAAAGAAUCGAAUAAAAGGAUGCCACCAAGCAACGCACACGCUUUUCAACAAAUGGUGAGAUACGGUCGAGCUAGCAGUAAAGAUAAAAUAAACGUUUAUCCACGAGCUGACGUAUUUUAUCUUGGACCAAGAUAUGGAAAAAGAUCAAGAACAACUCCGCCUCAAAGAGACAGCCUGGAAAUGUCCAACGAAAUCAACGACAGAACCAUUCCAUGUACAUACACCGGCGUUUCCAAUCUGUAUAGAUGCAAUACAUACAAGCGUUCAACUAUUAAAGAACAUAGAAUAUAAAUUCCAGAACAGAUCAGCUUCCUCUUAAACUAAUAAAUUACAAAUUAGCAUUAUUCGAACUCGACGAUUGAGGUCCACAGAGGCUGGAGUUGACCUCAAUGUUGUCGUUCCUGAAGUCCUAUCUUGACGUUUUUAAUAUAUUCACUUAAAUUAGGUCCUAAAUAAUAUGUAUGUUGAAAAUAAUAUAUUAUAAAGUUUGAAGUAGAUAA